CUUCCUAAAUUAUAGUUCUAAGUAAUUAUACCCCACUUUAAUGCUGACUGAGCUACGUUAUCGACGACCCUCCCUUCAUUUAUCCUCUAGAACUGCGACGCUGCGACGCGAUGAUCGUGAUGGCGACGGCAAAGCCGCCCGAAGUCGUUGACUUGACUCUUGAUGUCGAAGAACUCCGAGUACCCUAUUGUCGACCCGCUCCAACUGCGACUCCUUUGCAUCAGCACCCACCUCCCAUCGCACCUCCCAACAAUCAUCCUGCGAACCUACCCUUUCUUAGCAUCGGCUCACUGACGCGUCCUGCUCAUGCGCAUACGCCUGCGUCCCCUUUGACGAACGGUGCCGACACCCCCAGAAACGUCUCUACACGGGCGCCGUUGAUUCAAGCUCCGCACCUCACCAAUGGCACCCCGCGAACGCUUCCGCUGCAAACACCGGCUUCGCGUACUUCGUUGCGACUGCCUUCCUCGCGCCCGUCGUCUUCAGCUACGGACCGCAAACCUACUAUUGGACACAACGAGAUUACAGAGGACCGACCUGCCAAACGACAGCGUACAGGCUCUUCUUUGACGGGACAACGGCUGCACACCUUGAUCGAAAGCCGCAUGUUUCCUCUCAUCGACGAUGCCCUGCAGCAGCAAGCCCCCGGCUACGGCAGGUCAGCAAAGAAUAAGAUUGGCUAUACCACCUGCCAGGUCUUGGGACCCAAGUUUCAGAGGGAAUGGAACGAGACCGGCAUGCUGUCGAUGGGGUUUGAGGAAGCUGCCCGCCGGGAAGCCCUGUCCCUCGUAAGUGAGCUGAAGAAUCGACCGGUAAUUCGCCGCCAGACUACCUCCUACAGGAAUAAAGGUGCUAACGCUGAUAGGAUCGCUGGUUGACGCCAGGGCAACUCCCGCCUUUGCCAACGGUUCGCCCUUCAAUCGAACGUAUCGCUGCGCGUGACGAGGAAGAUGACACCACCGAUGAAGAUGAGGA